CACUUCAAGUCCGGAUACUUUCACCCCCUUCCUGUCCAGGCCGAUUUUCAGCUUUCCGAGCUAUCACACUUUGAAUGACAAUUGCACGGUCAUGCAGCACUGUACCCAUAUGAAUUUUCUAGCAUAUUUUUUUAGACAGAUAAAACUUUAUUUUGGUGGUAUUUAUUCACCACUGGGAUUUUUUUUCUAUAUAGAUGAAAAUGUCCAAACAUUUUGGAAAAAAAAAACGUUUUUUCUUAUCAAAUUUUGCAAAUCUUUCUUCAUAAAUCUUGGCCAAAAUUCAUAAUUUUUCAAAAUUUAUUUAAAAUUUUUAUUUAUUUAUAUAUAUA